CGACGCGUUCGCAUCCUCUUUUCGCGAAGGAGCUCUCGGCGCUACUCCGGCGGGGUGUACUUACCCCUUUGUACACCCUUUGUGAAAGCCAUACAAUUUAACGAUCCUAUACAGAGAAAUCGUCCGUAAUUAUUCAAUUUGAGAUUUUGCUUCGCGAAACUGCUCCACAAAAGCACGAAUCCGGAAAGAUCAAGUUAAAAACUUUGUGAAGUCGCGUGAACCUUGUGAAAAUCUCAAAUCUUUGAUUUUUCGCUCGGCAGAAGUAUAUACUGGCCAAUUUUCGGUAAAAUCACAGAUAUGAGGCUGAUUACAAUCGCGCCUUGAGGAACGGAAGAAUGCAUAAUCCUUUGCUGCAAAGAAAUUCUGCGUUGAGGUCACCCAAGUACAUACGGCCAUGGCCGUAGAAAGAGGAGAAAAAGGAGAAUCGUCGCAAACUUUGAACGACGAUCGUUGUGGAAACAUCGAGUAUCUCCAAGGAGCUUCUUCACGUCGAGAAUAAUUUACAUUUGACAUUAAUUUAUAUUUGACAACGUGCAAUUCAUUCAACUAAAUUCCGCCGCUACGCAUCGGCGUCUGCGAGAUGACACCUGCGUCAUUGAUUUAAAUGUAUAUAUACGGUAGAACGAGUGAUUUAUCUACGUACGUGAUUUAUCCGGUCGAAUUCCACAUCGAUCGAUGAAUGCCUAUAUUAUUACAAUGCAACGGAACGUCAAUAUUAGAAACAAACCGGGAGUAAUUAAAUCACUUACGCGGCGUGUAAUCUCGCACUCGAACGCGACGUUCGAGCUUAAUCGCGAUGCAGUAAAAUAAAGGAAAAAAUUUGGUAAAAUAUGAAUCUCGCCGCGUCGAUGAUCGUCGCUUUGCUGGCGUCGAUGAGCGACGCACUCGACGACAAUGGGGUGGAUGAUUACUACUCGUUCACGGGCAACGACAGAGAUGACCUCGAGUACGCGAACGCGACCAAUUGCACCAACGACUACUGCAUCCCGGACGAGGAUUACAUCGGGCUGAUGGUGCAGCACAUAUCCCCCAAAUUCUCCGAUUGGGUGCUGAUCGCUAUGCACAGCCUCGUUUUUGUCAUCGGUAUAAUCGGCAACGCACUCGUCUGCAUGGCCGUCUAUCGGAAUCACUCGAUGCGAACGGUCACUAAUUAUUUUAUUGUCAACCUGGCGGUGGCCGAUCUCCUCGUGUUGCUCAUUUGUCUACCGCCGUCAGUUCUAUGGGAUGUCACGGAGACCUGGUUUCUCGGAUUAAAGCUGUGCAAGGCCGUGCCUUAUCUCCAGACAGUAUCGGUGAGCGUCAGCGUUUUGACGUUGACUUUCAUAUCGAUUGACCGAUGGUAUGCCAUUUGCUUUCCAUUGAGAUUCAAAUCUACAACAGGCCGAGCUAAAACUGCUAUCAUAGUAAUCUGGUUGAUAGCAUUGCUUUUUGAUAUUCCUGAAUUGCUGGUGUUGCACAUUGUACCGUCAAGCAGUCGAGUGCAAACUAUAUUAUUCACACAGUGUGUCUGGUCGUGGAGUCAAGAAAGUCAAGCUACCUUUACGAUUGUCAAACUGAUAUUUCUGUACACCGUGCCAUUGCUCUUUAUGAGCGUAGCAUAUUGGCAGAUUGUAUGCGUUCUUUGGAGAAGCGAUAUUCCAGGACAUAAUCUAUCUACUAGAAUCUGUCAUUCAACUGAGAUUCCACUAUCCAGAGGUGGAAAUCCAGAAGGACAAUUGAGAUCUCGACGAAAGGCAGCGAAAAUGUUAGUUGCCGUGGUUAUUACAUUCGCGAUAUGUUUCUUCCCAGUGCAUUUGCUCUCUAUUUUAAGAUGUACCAUGGCUUUACCAUCAAAUCAAUGGACGAUCGCAAUUAGUUUAAUCGCCCACUGGCUAUGCUAUUUCAACAGCGCGGUGAAUCCUGUCAUUUACAACUUUAUGAGCGGAAAAUUUCGCAAGGAAUUCAAGCGUACUUUUCGAUGUUCCCACAACAACAGAACUUGCGUCCAUAAACGUGGAUACGUCACAGGCAUCUCAGAUCCUCUUAAACAGAGAUCUCGAACAUAUACAAGAUCAAUUCAUACGCUGUCCAAUAAUAAUAAUAAUAAUAAUGUUCAACAAAGUACCGAGGUGAUACCUCUUAGUGCUAUAAUCAAUGUACCGCAAAGUGAGAAACAGGAAUAAAUUUCAUUUCUGUUUCUGCAUUUCAUACCCCAAAAUACACCAUGUCCUGUUCAAUAUAUUUUAACUGACUUGAAAUCAAUCAUACCAAUUUCAGUGAGAAAAACAAACAUUUUUAUUACAAGAUAUUAAAAAUUUUUUAAAAUAAGUAAUUCUUUUUCUCAUCAUUUUUUCCAUAAAACAAGAUUUCUAAAUCUGUAAAAAAAAACUGUUAAAAGUACAUUGGUGAUUUUGGGACGCUUUGUACAGCAAUAAAAUAUAAUUCCCUAAUAAAAUUUAUCGAACCCAGUAUUCUUAGAAUUAAAUCAAAUUGUUCCUACAUACUACUAUUAUAUAAAUAAGUACAUCUCUCGUUCAACAAAUUAUAUUCUUAAUUUUGCUGAAUUAAAAUGAACUAUAUGUAUAUUCAAUUGAUAUGUAAAUAGACAAUCAUAUGAAUUUGCGCAUCAGAUUCGUUAAAUUCGCUGCUUUAAACAUUCUACUUUAUUAUACUGUAGAUAUAGAUGUAGAGAUGACAAUAUAUACAUCACAGAUUGACAAUUGGAAAAUGCAAACUUGAACGCUUAAAAAUAAAAAAAAUACUAAUAUAAAGCAUUAUAUUCUAUCUAUUCAGCAUAAUUUAAAGCAUUUAAUGUCCCAUUUUGUGUGUCACUUGUAAUAUUUAUUUUUUAUGAUACACAUUUGGACAUAUCAGGAUAUAUCUACAAAGUUUAAUAAAGUAUGUAAUGCUAUUUCUUAAAGUUAUUAUAAAGUUACUACACAUAGAGUACUAGUUUUAUAAACUGUACAAUAUAUGUUAGAGCGAAUGACAUAUUCUUUUUUGACUCAAUUUUAUUUUUAUUUUCACACUUUAUUGCGUAAA